CCCUCUUCCUGAUUUAAUAUAUAUAUAUCCCGGAUAAAUAUUAAAAAAUGUUUCUCUACGCAGAACAAUAAUAAAGAAUAAUAUUUUUCGACAUAAAAAAUAUAUAAACAUAAAAAUCACUGCGAUGCACUGUGACGCGUGAACGUCGCUGCGUCAUUGCGUUCAAGGCGCUGUUGUGAGGCCGCUAGAGCUGCUACGCCAAAGCUAGCUUCAAGCGGAAAAUGGAUCGCUUUGUCAUACCUCACAAAAAAAUGAGAGCAGACGGAAAUUUAAGGACUGAAAAUAUACCCGUUGUCGUGGAUGAACAGCCGUGCUUGCUUAUAGAAACAGAGGACAACGAGGAAUUGGAGGAGGAGCAACUCGCAGCCUCCGAGGCGGGGGCGACAGGUGAACAGAUAGAAAACAAUGGCGCCUCAUCGAGCUCUACAGCGGGCACGGAUGGUGAGAAUCCUGGUGGCGGAGUGGAUUUAACGGGGGAUUUAAGCCAUGGCCCAGCCGAGAAACCAAGACAACCUCAACUUAAAGCAUACCCGCGUCGUUCUUUUGGAUCGCAGGGGCAGCUAGCAUCCAGGAGUUUUAGUUACUCGUGGUUCAAACAGUACCAGUGGCUUGAAUAUUCUGUCUCAAAAGACGCGGCUUUUUGUUUUGCGUGUCGUCAUUUUUUUCACAGUGUGCAUGGAUCUGGUGGUCACUCAGAAAAGUGCUUCACCCAGGAAGGGUUUAAAAACUGGAGAAAAGGAGGAGAGAAACUGGCGCAACAUAACGCCAGCGCUUCUCACAAAGUGGCAAUGGAAGGGUGGUGUGAAUUUAAGGAGAGAGAGAAAAACGGAUCAAGGAUUUUGACGCAACUCCAUGACGAUGGGCAUAAGAAAAUUGUUAAAGAAAACAGGAUCUACAUGCGAGCAGUUGUUGAGUCACUGCGCUUUACAGCUUGUCAAACCAUUGGUCAGAGAGGCCACCGAGAGGAUGAACAGUCCACCAACAGAGGUAAUUUCCUUGAAAUGUUACAUCUGCUGGGGAAGUUUGAUAGCACUGUAUCCAAAAAAUUAUCAAGUGGGCCAGGUAAUGCAAAAUAUGUCCAUCAUGACAUUCAGAACGAGUUAAUUGAUAUAAUGGCCUGCAUUUUGAGAGAACAGGUUAGUAACGAAGUUAAACUAGGAGAGCACUUUACUUUAAUGGUGGAUGAAACAAAAGAUGUGAGCAAAAAAGAGCAGAUAUCUAUUGUUCUGCGCUACAUACACAAUGAUGACAUUUAUGAAGAGUUUCUUGAUUUUGUUCCUGCUGAUGGUUUGGAUGCAGAGUCUUUACUUGUGACAGUGAAAGGGGCAUUGGCUAAAUUCAAUAUAGACAAAAAUGCAUGCGUUGGACAAUGUUACGACGGGGCAUCUGUCAUGUCUGGCUGCAACAACGGUGUUCAGGAAAAAUUUCGCAGAGAAGUCCCACAUGCAGUGUACAUCCACUGCCAUGCACACAGAUUAAACUUGGUUUUAGUUGACUGUGUCCAUAAUGUAAAACCAGUUGCUGACUGCUUUGCCACAGUUCAGCUACUUUACAACUUUUUUUCUGGUUCAGUAACUCACAAAGUGUUCAUGCAGAAACAAACAGAACUUGAGCCCACUAAAAGAGCUGUGGAAUUAAAACGUCUGUCAGAUACCAGAUGGGCAUGCCAGUACUAUAGUCUUUGGGCAAUAAAGCAAACCCUCCCUAGCAUCUUAGCCACACUUGAGGAAGUCACCAAUCAAACAAAUAGCCAUAGAGCCAUUGAGGCUAGAUCACUAAAUGGCUUGAUUGAUGCACAGUUUGUUUUGCAAAUCUACAUGCUGGAGAACAUAUUUGGGCUCACAAAAACUUUAUCUGACCAACUACAGGCCACAGAUUUAGAUUUGGCAUCCGCCAUUGAUCUGGUCCUUGUACUGGUUGACACACUCAAAGAAAAACGCAAAGGUGAAACUUGGACCCAUUUGUGGCAGGGUGCAAAUGACAUGUGUGAGAGAGUGGGCAUUGACAUGCAGCACCAACAGGCAAAAAGAAAAAUAAUACAGCCCUCCCACCUGCAGCAGUUUCAUGUCAGCAAUAGCAACACAAGGAAAAAGAUACUGCAAACACCAGAAGACUACAAAAUCCACUGUUUUUUCCCAGUACUUGACCGUUUAAUCAGUGAAUUGAAUAGGCGCUUCUCUGCUGACAGUUGCCACGUUAUGAAAGGAGUUGCAGCUAUUAAUCCCAAACACAAGACCUUCCUGCACCAAGAUGCCCUUCAACCCAUGGCUAGGCACUAUGGCAUAUUAGAAGACAACCUUUCAGCAGAGCUACAUCAACUAAAACGACUCAUUGACAGAAAAAAACAAAAUGGGGUCUCUCUCAACAGCACCCAUGACUUGCUGAUUCUAUUAAGACCAUACAAGGAGGCUUUCAUUGAUUUAUACAAACUUGUGUGCAUCUCCAUGACACUGCCUGUAUCAACAGCUGCUUGUGAGAGGAGCUUUUCUUGCUUACGGCGUUUAAAAACCUACCUCAGAAACAAAAGUGGCGAUGUCCGAACCAGCAAUCUUGCUGUGCUGGCAAUCAGCUCACGAAGAACAAAAGAGAUUGAUGUAGAUGUUGUUAUUGAUCGCUUUGCAGCCAAUCAUAACAACAGGCGAAUUGUUCUCUUUUAAGUGGAAAUCACACAUGUGGAGAAUGGAUUGAAGACAGGAGGAGACUGGAGACUUAAGAGGAGCAGAGAAAAUGAGGAAACUGGACAAAAGAGCAGUCAAUAUUGUAAAUCACACCUGUGGAGACUGAAGAGAGGAGAGAAGAUGAGAGGAUGACACUGGAGAGUAAUAGGAGUAAAUUACACACAGCAAAAAAAUGACUUUUUUACUUAGUGUUUUUGUCUUGUUUUCAGUAAAAAAUAUCUUAAAAUUCUUAAAUUAAAAAUGUAUUUUCAUGAUGAGUAAAAUGACCUAAGAAAAUAGUUUUCUAAUUUUUACUGAAAACAAGACAAAAUUAUUAAGUAAGAAAGUCAUUUCUUCAACUGAACAGAAGUAGGGCAAUCAAAAGAGAGUAUGAGAAUAGAUACUAUUUUGUUUUCUGUCAUGGGUAUGGCUAUGGCAGUUAUAGUUUGAGCGCAUUGUUUGUUAACUGGAAUUGAUUAAUUAAUAAAAACAAAGUGGUUCAUAUGCUGUGUUGUUUUUGUUGUUAAGUAGCAGUAAUAUGCCAUUAUUAGCCUUGUCCACUGUAUUUUUUGUUGGUUUUCAUGAGACCCCCCUUGAAAUGACUAGGACCCCCCAUUGCCCCCCCAAUCAAAAUUGUCUGGAGCCG